AUGGAGCAAGCCUGGACCUAUUCUGUGCAGGAUGCGCUGCGCCACUACGGCGUAAGCCCGGAGAAGGGACUUACAAGCGAGCAGGUGGCAAAAGCGCAGAAGCAGUAUGGACCGAACGAGCUGGAGGAGGACGAGUCGACCCCGCUCUGGAAACUCAUCCUCGAGCAGUUCCAGGACCAGCUGGUGAUUAUUCUGCUUGGUUCUGCUGUUGUCUCUCUUGUCCUUGCGCUCAUCGAGAACGAGGGCAGCCUCGCAAACGCCCUCGUCGAGCCGAGUGUCAUCUUCCUUAUCCUCGUCGCCAAUGCCACUGUCGGUGUGCUACAGGAGCGCAACGCUGACCAGUCAAUUCAGGCUCUGCGCGCCUACUCGCCUGAGCAGGCCAUCGUGAACCGCAACGGUGAGACGGCGCGUAUCAACGCCGUGGACUUGGUCCCGGGUGAUGUCGUGGUCCUCUCGACCGGCGACCGCGUGCCAGCUGACUGCCGCAUCAUCGAGCUGCGCUCGUCGAGCGUGCAAGUUGACCAGGCGAUCCUCACUGGUGAGUCGGAGAGCGUCUACAAGAACACGGACGUGGUUCCGGACAAGCGCGCCGUCAAGCAGGACAUGACCAACCUGCUGUUCUGCGGCACAAGCAUCGUUAGCGGCUCGUGUCUGGCUCUUGUCGUGCUCACCGGCUCGCAGACUGCCAUUGGUAACAUCCAUACCGAGAUCGGCCAGGAGAGCGACAGCAAGACGCCGCUCCAGGAGAAGCUCGACGAGUUUGGCGAGCUACUGGCCAAGGCCAUCAUGGUCAUCUGUAUUCUGGUUUGGGUUGUCAACGUGCGCAACUUUUACGACCCGGUGCACCAGGGCUGGCUGCGGGGCGCGAUGUACUACUUCAAGAUUGCCGUCGCGCUCGCUGUCGCCGCUAUUCCCGAGGGUCUUGCUGCUGUGAUUACCGCCUGUCUCGCGCUCGGCACCCAAAAGAUGGCGCGCAAGAACGCGAUUGUGCGCCACCUCCCGAGUGUCGAGACGCUCGGCUCGACGACGGUCAUCUGCUCGGACAAGACGGGUACUCUGACGACGAACCAAAUGAGUGUGACGCGCGUUUGCCUCGCGUCCGACUUCCAGACGGAGUACAACGUGUCUGGCACGUCUUUCGGUCCGGACGGCCAGCUGACGCUGGCCGACGGCCAGCCCAUCAAGCACCUCAACCGGGACGGUAACGCGAUGCAGGCGCUUGUCGAGACGUGCGCUGUGUGCAACGACGCCAAGAUCGCUGUCGACGCCAGCGGUCAGUACAAGGCGCUCGGCCAGGCCACCGAGGCCGCGCUCAAGACCCUCGUCGAAAAGGUCGGGCACCACGAUGCCGUGCAGCAAGUCCAGAUCGAGGCGACGCAGCCGGCCGUGCGUGCCAACGCGGUGUCGGCCAAGUACACCGAGCAGCUUUCCCGCCUCUUUACCCUCGAAUUCUCGCGCGACCGCAAGCUGAUGUCUACGCUGGUGCGCGACGGCGAGCAGACUCGUCUACUGGUCAAGGGCGCGCCAGAAUCGGUCUUUUCGCGCGCGACGCACGUCUAUGUUGACCGCAACACGCGCCGCCCGCUGGACGACAAGACGCGCAGUGCGCUCCAAGAAAAACUGCAGGAGUACGGCCGCGACGGCCUGCGUGCACUCGCGGUGGGUGUGCGCGACGUGAAGGUGGCAAACCCCUUGGCCCCGAUCGAGCCGAGCGCCUAUGCAGAGCUCGAGCAGGACCUCUCGCUAGUGGGUAUCGUCGGUAUGCGUGACCCCCCGCGCCCCGAGGUGCGCGACGCGAUCAAGGAGUGCAUGGAUGCCGGCGUGCGUGUCGUGGUCAUCACUGGUGACAACCAGCACACGGCCGAGGCGAUCUGUCGCCAGAUUGGCCUGUUUGACGGCCAUGGUGACCUUUCGAAGCUUUCCUUCUCGGGCCGCGACCUGGACAUGAUGAGCGACAAGGAAAAGGCGGAGGUGGCGAAGCAUGCCGUGCUUCUCUCACGCACGGAGCCCUCGCACAAGAGCCAGAUGGUCGAUCUGCUCCAGGCGCAGAACGAGGUGGUGGCGAUGACCGGUGACGGUGUCAACGAUGCACCUGCGCUGAAGCGCGCCGACAUUGGUGUGGCGAUGGGUACCGGCACGGACGUUGCGAAGCUCGCGGCGGACAUGGUCCUUGCCGACAACAACUUUGCGACAAUCGUGUCGGCGAUCGAAGAGGGCCGCAGUAUCUUCAACAACACCCAGUCCUUUAUCCGUUACCUGAUUUCGUCCAACAUCGGUGAAGUGGUGAGCAUUUUCCUCACCGUGCUGCUUGGCAUGCCCGAGGCGCUGAUUCCUGUGCAACUGCUGUGGGUCAACCUCGUCACGGAUGGUCUCCCCGCGACUGCGCUCGGCUUCAACCCCCCCGACGGUGCUGUGAUGCGUCUGCCGCCCCGCAAGCGCGACGAACCCCUGGUGUCGCGCUGGCUCUUUGUGCGCUACAUGCUCAUCGGCUCCUUUGUCGGUGUUGCGACCGUGUUUGGCUACGCGUGGUGGUUCAUGUUCUACCAGGAGGGUCCCCAGAUCUCCUUCUACCAGCUGACGCACUUCCACCAGUGCGCUGCGCGCUUCCCCGAGAUUGGCUGUGAGAUGUUCCACGAUGUCUCGGCGCACCGUGCGUCGACGAUUAGUCUCAGCAUUCUGGUGACGAUCGAAAUGUUCAAUGCGCUGAACUCGCUCUCGGAAGUCGACAGUCUGCUCACGCACCCGCCGUUUAAGAACUGGUGGCUGGUCGGUGCCAUUGCGCUGUCCAUGGCGCUGCACAUGAUGAUCCUCUACGUGCCGUACUUCCGCGAGCUCUUCUCCAUCACGCCGCUGAACAAGGACGAGUGGUUGGCCGUGCUUGUCAUCUCUUUCCCUGUGGUGAUCCUGGACGAGGUGUGCAAGUUAUUUGCGCGCCGCUCCAUUGCGCCGUCGAGCCACGUCGCCGCAAAGAAGAAUAUGUAG